CAUUUCGUGGCGGCUCCGCCCGGCGGGGCGGGACGGGCCGGGGCAGCCAUGGCGGAGCGGGGCCGAGGGCAGAGUCCGAGCGCCAUGGAGGACCUGCUGGAUGUGGAGAACAAGCGGAUGGCCGACAGCCUGGCCAGCAAGGUCACCAGGCUGAAGUCGCUGGCUCUGGAUAUUGACAAGGAUGCUGAGGAACAGAACCGCUACCUGGAUGGCAUGGACACGGAUUUCCUGAGCGUGACGGGGCUGCUGACGGGCAGCGUGAAGCGCUUCUCCGGCAUGGCGCGCUCCGGCCGCGACAACCGCCGGCUGCUCCUCGCCGUGUCCGUGGCGCUCGUCCUCAUCUUCUUCAUCCUCUACUACCUGGUGUCCCGGGCGGGGACCUGAGCCCGGCCUGGGAGGUGUCACAGGCCAGACCCCACCGUGCACAGACCUGCCUGUUUUCCAGAGGAGCCUCCAGCCACACCUCCACCUUCCCGGUGACUUUUCCUCCUUCCAGCUCCUCGUCGUCGCCCUGUCUGCGCCCAGACAGCUCUUCCGAAAGAAGGCUGGCUCCGAAGGGAUCUUCAUGGGAUUUUGGGGUCAUGGCUGUGACCUCCUGCCUUGUCCACAUCCCUGUUUCUAAGGGCCGCUUCCACAUCGCCUCCCUCAGUGAAAACCAGGAACUGACAAAUCCGGGGACUUGUGGAUACAGCGAGCUGUAGGAUUGACUUGCAUUCCGUGUGGCCACUCUCCGUGUCCCUGGGCUGAAAGGAAACCUGUGCUCUGCUGCUUUCGGGUGGAAUUAGCAAUGGAUCUGGGCCUGGAUGCUCUCAGGUUGUGGCAGGGAAGAGAUGCAGGGGAGCAGGACUUGCAUUAAAUCCUGGCUUGGUUUUCUUUAUCGUCCUUGUGGGCAAACCAGGCUGAACCCUGUGGGAAGGGAGGGCCACAGUCCACAACCACAUGGAUUUGCACUUGGGUGGAACCUUCUAGAGCCUUCCCACACACGUGCAAAUUUAGUUACUAAAUCAGGGUAAAGAAAUGCGGUGGCAGAAGGUCCAGUUAAUUGUGGUUACUGUGGCACCCUGCUUUCAGAGCACUUUGGGGAGAUGUAGUGCCAAUAAAGCAGAGGUGGAAUUCCCCUCUCGGUGCCCUCAGGAGUGGGGGGAAUCAAGGAGGGAUUUUCUGGUUUGUUUAUGCAUUUAUGAGGCACAAAAGGAGCCCCUGCCUUGCCUUGAGGGGGGUGUGUUUGCUUAUUUGCUUCUCUCUUCCUGUAACAGCCAGGGCUCAGCCGUUCCUCCUCCUCUGAGUCAGACUCUGCAGCAAACCCUCUUCAUGGAUGGAUGGCUGGGUGUUCCUUUGCUUUCCCCCUGUUCCCACUGGGAAUUCCUUUGCCCUUGGGCUGACUCGGGUCCGCAGCUAUGAAGGGAAUGUUGUCCCACAUACCAAACUGCUCACAAAACACACCCUGGCUGGAUUGGGUGUGCUCUUUUCCAUGUUUGGGAAGAAACAUGCAGGAAAGGCAAGGAGAAAGGAGGCAGCAGGACGUUCCUCUGGCUCUUUCUGAUUUCCUGGUGCAACGUGGCAGUUCUGGGCUCUUUCCUUUGGGAAGAAUCGAUGGCCUGUGAUUCCUGGAGCAGGUGACUCCCGACGAAAGGCCCCUGCAGCAGCCUGGCCCUCACCCUGGCAGGGUUUCUUUUGCCUUUUCUGCUGUAAAUAAAGCUGAUUUUAGACCUUUUA